UUCAAAAUAUCAUCUGAUUUCAUUGUUUUGUUUUUAUAUUUUAAUCUGAUUGAUAUAAAGCAAAUUUAAAUUUUGUGUAGUUCUUUAUAGAUAUAUGUUUAGAUUACUAGAACCAGAGCUAGAACUAAUUUUUUUGUGAAUGCGUAUAGAUUUAACAAAUUUAAACUAAAUUUUCGUUUAACAUGGGCGAUAAAGGGCGCACUGAUGGUUUGGAACAAAAAUACGAACGUGAUUCUAGAAUAGCAUGUAAAUAUGGCACAAAGUGCUAUCAGCAGAAUCCAAUACACCAUCAAAAAUAUAAACAUCCCCCUCAAAAGAAACAUAACAAUGGAGAACCUACAAAUUCACCUAAAAGAAUUAAACUGGACGUUGACCCUACUAAAAAAGAAGAAAUAAAUAAAGUUAAAGAAACCGUUAAAACACAAAAUGAAGCAAAUACAGAAAUUAGCGAUACACAGAUGCCAGACCUUAAUACUCCCAAUCAGCAUGAAUUUCUUGAGGCAUUUCAAGAUUUAAUCGAUUCCGAUAUUACCACAACACCAAAAGAUUUAGAUCCCAAGGAUUUUAUACAAAAGAAAUUUCUUGUUGAAAUGCCAACAGACUUUUAUGCUUUUUGGGACUUUUGUAAAAGUCUCAAACCGAAUAAACCAGAAGAGGCCUUGAAAAAUAUAGGAUUAACUCUUGUCGGGCCAUACGAUGUACUGGCUGGAAAAUUUAAUGGUAUUGUGGAUAAGCCUGAAACAAUGUAUUUAAUUCAUUGGCGAUUUUAUUCUGACCCUCCUGAAUUUCAAACAGUAUUAAAAGCAGAUGAUAAGACUGGAUAUCAUAUAGGAUAUUUCAGAGAUUCACCAAGUGAGCUACCUGUAUUUCUUGCCAGUAAUUCUGCCAAUGUCGAUGGCAUUUUAAAGGUUACUGGUGAUAAUAUAUUCGCUGCUGUUAAUUUAUAUUUAGAUGAUGUGAAAAAAUCUGGUGAUCCAUUUAAAAAGAUGAAUGUACACAAGAUUCAGAGUGCCCUACAAAAAAGGGCACAGGAACUGAAGUUGGAUUUAUCUGAACGUACUCAAAAGAUCAAGGAUAGGGACAAAAAAAUUGUUACAAGAAGUUUCAACAAGAUAGGAAUUGUUAUACCAUAUAAUAGAAAAACUCAAACAGGUUAUAGAGAUUUGGCAGUUACAAACAAAGAACUAACGAAAAUACUUGAUAAUAUUCAGAAGUCUAGGCCUGAAGAAAGACAAAAAUUUCUCUCAGACUUGCAGCUUGUUUUAACCAAUGCUUCAAUAGCUACGGACGAAUGUGAUUUUGGAACUGGUAUCGAACUGGGUCAAGAUAUUUUAGCCCAUGGUGUCGAGACUUUGAAUGGCACUAUAGCGAGAUUCUUAGCCUCAAAUUACAGGCUCAUUGGGAGAGAAGCUUUUGCAAAAAUUGCGGAAGCCCAUAUGAAAAAUCGCAGAAAGGGAACCAAUUUAAGUAUUAUUUAAUAUAAUUUAUCUAACUAUACCUGAAACUUACUCUAUAUAUGAUUGAAAAUUAAAUUUAAAUGGAAUUUGAAA